ACACUGCACGAACUCAAGAAGGAACCAAACAUGGAGAUGGACCAACAAUUAAUAUCAGAGCCAGUGAGUCCUGCUGGGCAAUACUUCAAUAGCUCGGUGUUAUCUAUAUCCAUAAUCAAUGUUUGGGAAGCAAAAGAGCCAAUUGAUGACUCUCAGGCUGUGUGGCAACUCCGGACCUAUUUCCUACCCAUUAGCCCACGUUUCUCCUCCAUCAUGGUUGUCGGUAAACAUGGAGAGAAACGCUGGAAGAGAGUUCAGGUAAUCCCAGAAGAACAUGUUAAAGUCCCUGUCUUCCCUACUGGACUAACACCAAAUCUUUACGACGAGCACCUCGAAAACUACAUAUCAGAGAUAGCAAUGGAACCAUUUCCUCAGAGCCGUCCCCUGUGGGAAAUUCAUAUCUUUAAAUACCCCACAAGCAACGCAGCUGGUAACUGGAUAUUCAAGCUUCACCAUUCACUCGGUGAUGGUUUCUCCUUGAUGGGGGCACUUCUUUCUUGCCUUAAAAGAGCUGAUGAUCCUUCUCUUACUCCUACGCUUCCUUGUGUUGGACUAAAUGCAAGGAGGAAUAUCGAGAAUCAAAGGAACAGCAUACUUAGUACUGUUUCUAAAUUUUUUUCUCUAGCCUCCAAUACCAUAUCAGAUAUUUUUGAGAGUAUAACAAAGAGUACUUUGAUAAAGGAUGAUCAAUCACCUAUAUGGUCCGGUAAUGAUGGAGUCGAAUUUUCUCCAUUUACUACCACAACGAUAACAUUCUCUCUCCAUGACGUUAAACAAAUCAAGUUGAGCCUCAACGUGGUAAGAUUGUAGUUGAUUUCUUUUGAGUUUAAACUUUUAAUUAAUUUCUCCUGUCUAAAUAAUUGAAGUUUUAGUCUUCACAUGAUAUCCUCAAUCUCAGUAUGAUUUGAAUUCCACGUUAAGAUGUACAGAAGUGUGAAUAUAGUAUAUAAGUAGGGAUACUUGAAUAUAAUAUAUAAGGUAAUGUAAACUAAAUACAUCUAUAACUAUUUUGUAACAAAUGUUAAAGACCUUUUUAUACUCCCGUAAUAAAUUUUUGUUCUUAAA